AUGCAGUGGGAUGAAGAUACGUGGGUAGACAUCUCUGAUUCUCCAUCGCCAGUUCAAGUAGAAAACAGAAUAACCCCAAGAAAAAGACCUGGUGACCAUCUUCAUCAGUCUGAACUCGAUUUAGCUGGAAGGGAAUUUGAGAACCAUUGCGGUUCAUCGUAUGUUGAAAGCAACCACGGUGUAUCAUCGUAUGUUGAUAGUUUCCUGAACGAAGGGCUGGGUGUGCCUGGCUCGUGGAGACUACCAAGCCAUUUGGAACCAGAAAUAUCCGAGGCUUGUUUCCAAGAUGCUUCUAAUCUUGAGGAUCUUCACAAGCUUGCCCAAGAACUGUUAGAAUCUUACCAGGAAUUUCCCACUCUCGCCCACAAACAAGAUACGUUUUCCGAUAAGAAGGUUUAUAUCAAACCGGAUUCAGAAUCUAUCGAGAGGAGUAUAUAUUUAACACCCCCAGCUUCUAAGACAUUCAACACAGAUUCUUUGUCUGUGAAGAAAUCCGGAGUCAGUCAUACGAAUAGACAGACAAAUUCUGCGCGUAGUCUUGGAAGAAAAAAGACCAGAGACAAAAGUACCUCUUCUAACAGAAAGACAAAGGAGAAACAGAGCACAGUUAAUGUUAAUGCUUCCACAAAAGUGCCACAUGCGCUAUGCAAAAACAAAGCAAAUGGGUUUCCAAAGAGAUUGACACAGAACACCUCAGCUUCUAUUAAGCCACGUAGUGUUCCAAGACCUUCGAGGACUAGUGCUGACUGUGAUACAUUGUCUGAAGCCCGUGAAGGCAAACACGACUUGCAAGAACGUUGUACACAACAGGUCCCUAGAAGAAGCAAAGCUCUUGGUAAGUCCAUAUUGCAAUCGACAAUACUUUGUGUUUUCUUCUGUUCUUCCUUUUUUUCCAAUUAUCUUAUUCUUUUGUACUCAAUUCUGAACAACAACAGCAACAACAACAGCAACAACUUCUACUACUACCAGCACAGCACAAGCAGAAACCCUUACAACGAGCUGUACGACGAAGAAGAGGAAAACCGAGCCAAGGCCAUCGUCUGUGUGCUGUUCUGUCUGAUGGGUGUGGGCUUGAUUAUAGGGCUGGUCUGCCUGCUGUCUCACUUCGUGGAGGAGACUGAGAUGGGACAGAUGGCCAUCAGCAAAGACGAUGAGAACAUCCCGGAUGUAAUGAUUGACGUGUACUAUCGUCGUGUGGCUGACGUCAUCAGGUUGGCAUCCCAAACUAGUUCAGGUGACGGUACUGCUAACAUGUCUUCCACGCCGGCCAGCCAGCCUCUCAAGUUGUGCCAGCUGGUCCCAAGUAAUCUGCUCGGCAACACCACUCAGUUGAUUCUAAACAUCACGCUGGAUAUCGAAGAGGUGGUUGCCAACAACACUGAUGUCAUGGACGGCGGGGAGUGGAAACCCAGUACUUGCGCGUCGCGCCACCGUGUGGCCAUCAUCAUCCCGUAUCGGGACCGCUGGAAUCACCUCAAGGUCCUCCUCUAUUACCUCAUCCCGACCCUCAAGCGGCAGCAGAUCCACUUUCGGAUUUUCGUUGUGGAACAAUAUGGAAACGAAACAUUUAACAAAGGCCGUAUCAUGAAUGCAGCAUUCAGAGAGGCCCUAAAGCUGUUUGACUUCCACUGUGUCACCUUCCAUGACGUGGACUUAGUUCCCGAGGAUGACAGGAACAUGUAUUCAUGCACAGAGCAACCCAAGCAUAUGUCCAACAGCAUUGACAAGUUUAAGUAUAUACUACCAUAUCAAGGUCUAGUUGGCGGAGUUCUUAUGUUCAAAAGGGAACACUUCCAAUUGGUCAAUGGAUACUCCAACAUGUAUUGGGGCUGGGGCGCAGAAGAUGAUGACAUGACUACAAGGAUACUGUCACAUGGCCUGCGUAUCUAUCGCCCUCCAAGCAAUAUCGCCAAAUACAAGAUGGUGAAACAUGAUGGCAGGAAGUCUUCAGAAGUUUCAAUCAGAAUGAGGUUGUUGCGGUCAGCUGCAAAACGAAGCAAGCUUGAAGGUCUUAACAACGUCAAGUACAAACUACUAGAAACCCACAUACAGAAACUCUUUACACAUUUUAUAGUUGACAUUGGCAAACCUUAA